AUGCUUUAGGAAGGGUUAAGAAACUUCAAGGAACUUCGAGCCAAAUUUCAAAAGCUUGAUGUGCCAUCUCUUCCAGGACCUAUUAAAUUCUCAGCAGGCGUUCCUCAAAAGGGUGACAUUGGAAACACACAAUCAAGAAUUUUGGCCAAUGGGAAACCCCUCUCGUCCAACCAAAAUCCGCUCCCACCAUGCUGUUCUAGUGCAGAACCCCAGCUUCUAAAACCCCAGGAAACAAAGUUAGCCCAGAGGAGUGAGAUUCAGAAGUGUUCGAAUUCCCCAGGACCUCCGGAAAGGUCUCCUGGUUCUGCAGUAAAUUCCCAGAAAACUUCUCUACUGUUAGACAUGAGUCCGUUGAAUGCCGAGAUAACCAACAAGAGGAGAGUCAUGGUGAAGGAGAGCUUCAAAGAUAAGCUCUGGAACUGGGAGAAGGUUUCAUCUCAGAAGAGUGAGUUGUCUUCAGCCUCUCUCCUUGCCAGUUGCGCACACAGGGCCUUCCAUCCGGAGGAGCAGAUAAGCACAGGGCUUCCUCCAAAGGAACCCAGGAGAAAGCUGGAAAUAAAAGGACCGCAGACCCUGCCUUCCCAGAGGCACUUGAUGGCCCAAAGAGAAUCACUUGCCUCUCCUGAAGAUCCCACUUUUCUACUUGUUCAACAUGGCAGGAAGAGCCUAGAAAACCCUCUUCCUGAGAGGAGCCCAGGGAGGGGCUCCUGCCAGCCAAUCUAUGAGAGUGAACUUGCCAGCCAGGCCCCAGAGAAACAGCCAGUUGAUAGGCAUCACCAACUUCUCAAAACGAAACCACUGCCUUCCAUCAAGUCCCUGGGUCUUCCUCCCCCAAAGCCUCCGAAGCCCCCAUUCGUGAACCUCCAGGCCUUCCAGAGGCAGGCAGCUGCAAUUUCCAAGGUCCACAGGGAAGCAACUGUGGAAGAGACCUGCCUGCCUCCAGAGAGGCUACCGAAUGCUGAAAUUGAAGAACCACAUAAUUAUGAGGCAACAAUUUCAUAUCUGAAACACUCUGGCAACUCCAUUAACCUGUGCACCGCAAAAGAAAUUGCUGAUUUACUGGAAAGAAAGGGGAAAGAGGAUGCUACUGGACAAGUACGUGAAGAAAUUGAAAACUUCCUCAAUUUGGUAAAAGACAUUAAACAAAAGAUUGAAGGAGCCAAGAAAAUCCCAAACAGGAACACCUACUCAGAAAAUCAGCAAGGAUACAGAAUUCAGCAACAUCAUUGGCAACAGGAUCUAAUUGAUAUCUAUAGAAGCCUUGGAAGAAUGGUCUCCAUCAAGAACUUAGGAUUGGGUGGUACACUAUGGUCUAAACACUCUAAACCUCACUUUUCCCCUGGUGUCUCUUCACAUCUAAGCCCUAAACAUGAAGAUGAAGAUAAAAAGGAGACGGAAAAAGAGCCAUGUGAAUUGGAGCCUCAAACACCAGAAAAGGAUCUACCUUCAAGCCAUCUCUUCAAGGUAUCAGAGUUCUAGGGAAUGCGGGGAAGAAAGCAGGUGAUGAAAGUCCUCGGAGGCAGCAGGAGCAUGCUGCCCAGGAAGCAGGGCGCUGUGAGCGACGCUGUCCAGACAAAGGCCUGGCCCCAAGACCCGAAGCUGGCCAGGCACUCCCUAGGCCACUGUGGGUAUGUGGAGGCCUUGGAGGUCACCACAGAAGCGCCAGGCAGGGGGGCCUGUAAGCCUCACUCCAUCUCAGAGGAGACCUAUGAUGAUGUUGAGUACCCCGGGAGAGUGGGACCACAGUCAGACCUCUCUAACUCAUUUGCUUCCGAUAAUGAAAAUAGUGAAGAAGCAUAUGAAGAGGUCUAUAAAACAAAGAGCAACUACCCAAAGAUAGAUUUAGAUGGAAAAGAAGCACUUAAAAGACUGCAGAAAUUCUUCAAGAAAGAAAAGGAUAGGUUUAAAAUGAAGAAAAACAAGUUGAAAGAAAACGUAAGUGCAUUUUCAAUUUCGAUGCCUGAUUUAGAACUUAGGUCUCAGGAAGUUAUUAUCUAUGAUAAUGUGGACAUAAAUGAAAAAGAGUCAAGAGAGGAAGAUAAACUAAAAACUUGGAAACCCAAGUUUUUUAUGGCAAAGGAAAAAAAAGAGAGAAAAGGUGCUGAAGAAUCAGAAAGUUUAUCUCCUAGAAAUUUCUUCAGAACCACGAAGCAAAACUUAGAAAAGAUGAGAAUAGAAAAAGAAGAAAAACGUUUUAGAGAACAAUUUAAGUAUGACAAAGAGAUUACUGUCAUCAACACAGCAGUGGCAUGUUCCAGUAAUGCAAGAAAUGGAAUAUUCGAUUUGCCAAUAACCCCUGGAGAAGAACUGCAAGUCAUUGAUACCACUGAAGAAAAUCUAGUGAUUUGUCGCAAUUCCAAAGGCAAAUAUGGAUAUGUACUAAUUGAACAUCUAGAUUUCAAGUAA